AACGUCAGAUACGAGUAUCUCAUCGGGGCGUGUGGUGAAAAAACGUCACUAGCAUCCAACGAGCUCUCCUUUGUAAAAACCGUCAUCGGGGAGCAUAAUAAUAUAGAGAACGUUUUUUUUAUACAUAAAUUCACAAACUGCAGUAAUAUUAAUAAAUUAACUUACCUUGUUCACGUUUAUACUUUUAUACGUACCUAAGAACUUACAUUUUGCGAAUACAUCCUUAGUGAAAUUAACAAAAUGUACACGACUUUAACAGAACGUGUAGAUCCUAAGUGUUCUUCCGGUAACGCGUACAGAAGAGUCAUAAAAAAGUAUAAAACGUUGUGGAUUUUGAGUGCAGCGGUCUUACUUAUUGUAUCCGUGGCAUUGCAAAAUUAUACCAUCAAUCAAUAUGUUCGCGCCAUCUUUAAACUAAUAGCAAUGCAGUUAAUAGACCUGAAAAGUUUCAAAAAUUUACUUCACGAUUCGUGUUUAAUGUAUAAAAAAAUACCAGAACGCAAACUUAUUGAAUCGGAUUGUUAUUCAUGUGAAAUCAUCGAUCGAGUGGACGUUGUCCUCAGACCCGAGGAUAUUUUAGAAUCGUACGCAGAUCUCAAUUGGCCAGUUGUAUACCAAAGCGCUGUUAAAACCAACGUCACUGUUGAAGAUUUUUCGUCUGUUCUUUUAACCGGAGACCUCUUACCUUGCGAUUAUGAAUCCAACUUGAAAAUCGAUCCCCUUCGAGCAAUCAAAACGAAGUACGGAUGGUUUAUGCAUUGGCGAAACUGUGAUGACAUCCAAGGAAAACUAAUGCGUGCUUUAUACAGACCAGAUUCGUUUUUGAGCAUUUCAUCCGAAACGUGGACAAUCAUGUCGUCCAAUUAUAAAACUGUUCACUAUAAAAAAAUCAAUACGUACUACGACGGCAGAGUGGCGGUAUCACAGAUAAGCGGGACGUUUAAGUACCGGUUGGUGCCAAAAAAUCUUUGCGCAGAAAUAUGUAAUCCUCUGGAUGGAAGUUUAGAAACUUAUAAUACCCUGGUUUUCAACAAUUUCAUUUGGGAUUUUCAGUAUUUGCCGUUGAAUAAUUCCACCAACAACAUAGCUAUUAUUUAUUAUUUAGAUUAAAAUUCAAAUAUAGGUACACCAUCUAGAUAUUAUGAGGUUAAAAAAGCUUAACAUAUUCCACUUUUUAUUUAUAUACAUAUUACACUUGCAUAUAGGUACCUAACUAUUAUUAUCAUAAUGCGUUAUUUACA